CAUUGGAGUCGCUUCAGUUCCAAACCUCCUACUGCUGAACCUCGACAUCCAUCAAAAUAAGUCACUUUUAGUUAUAAUAAAUCAAAUUAAAUUAAAGACAUCAUUGCUAUUUGAAUCAAAGCUCAUCUCAAUACAGUGAAUAGAUUGUUAACGGAAUAACACUCUUAUAGAUGUUGUUCCUGGCGGGCAUUUUCCUUUCGACCUUUUCUAGAGUCACCCUAGCGGUCCAAACGCAGAAUGAUCUGUUUCCCGUGUCCAUUAUUCAUCUGAAUGACUUCCACGCCAGAUUUGAAGAAACAGACUGGUCUUCAUCCACCUGUAUCGAUCCAAAUGAAUGUAUUGGCGGUUAUGGCCGAGUGGUUACCAUAGUAAAACACCUACUGAAAGAGCGCAACAAUACGAACCCCAUCUACCUCAACGCUGGAGAUAAUUUCCAAGGAACUCUCUGGUAUAACAUUGGUCGCUGGGAUGUUACGCAAUAUUUUCUCAACCUGCUUCCCGCUGAUGCCAUGACGUUGGGUAAUCAUGAAUUCGAUCACGGCAUAGAUGGACUUACUCCAUUUUUAGAAAAAAUCAAAGCCCCCAUAGUCGUAGCAAACAUUGAUGACAACAAGGAGCCAACAAUGCAAGGCAAAUAUAAAAAAUCCGUGAUUAUUAAUAAAUAUGGCAGGAAAAUUGGAAUCAUCGGGGUCAUAUUGAAAACAACAUAUCAACUUGCUAACACAGGUAAACUCAAAUUCCUAGAUGAAUCCGAGUCAGUUAAAGCGGAGGCAGAGCGACUGAAGAGCAAACAUGGGGUUGACAUUAUCAUAGUUCUAUCACAUUGUGGAUUGGAAACUGAUAGAUUAAUCGCAAAAACCGCUGGACCUCUUAUCGAUGUCAUAGUUGGAGGUCACUCUCACACGUUUCUAUAUUCAGGACAAAGUCCACUAGGCCCCGACACCCCGAAAGAUAAAUACCCUGUUGAAAUCAUACAAGAUAAUGGCCACAAAGUACUAAUUGUUCAAGCGUCCUGCUACACGAAAUAUGUUGGUGACAUCACAGUAUACUUCGACAGAGCCGGGGAAGUAGUAAGUUAUGAGGGCAAACCGAUCUUCCUUGCUCAUCAUAUUAUUCAAGAUCCCGAAAUUGUUAAUGAGCUGGAGUCUUGGAAAGAAGCUAUUGAUAUUAUCGGCAAUCGACAAGUUGGCCAAACGCGAGUGACACUUUCGAGGGACAGCUGCACAUAUGAGGAAUGUAACCUGGGAAGUUUCAUAACCGAUGCAUUAACAUAUUCGUAUGUAAAAUCAACACCAUACGAUAGCCCCUAUUGGACUACUGCUGCUAUUUCUUUGCUCAAUGUCGGAAGCAUCCGAACGGCACUUAACAAAGGAAUUCUCACUUAUGCUCAUCUCGUCACUACUUUACCAUUUGGAAACACUUUGGAUUCGUUCGACCUCCGCGGAAGACAUCUAUUAGAAGCACUCGAAUAUUCUGUUUCUCAGUCCUAUGAUGGCAGUCAUUUCAAUAAAGUAAAAAUGCUUCAAGUAUCUGGCCUCCAAGUGAAAUUUAAUAUCCAUAAGCCUGUUGGCAAACGCGUCGUGGAGGUCCUUGUGCGAUGCCAGAAGUGCAUAAUUCCGGAGUACGAACCUCUUAGUUUGGAAAAAAAAUACAGAGUUGUAAUGCCGUCUUUCUUGGCAGCAGGAGGCGAUGGUUUUACUAUGUUCAGAGACUAUAAGGAGGAAACUAGAAUUGGUAAACUUGAUAUAGACGCAUUUGAAGAGUACGUCAAAAAACAAUCGCCGAUUAUAGCUGGAUCGAAUGAUCGUAUUAUUAUGUUAACAUAAAUUGUGUGUAAUGAAGUAUAAUGAAUCAUAAAUAAUCCUUCGUUCAUUCAAUUGCACAGGUAAAUGUGAGUAAACUGUUUUCAUGUAUAAAUUAUUAUCAAUAACUCAAAAAUCUAAACGGAACCAAUCAGCAUAUGGAAGUCCCAAUAUUCUAUUAAGAAGGCUUUACAUAGAUUCCUUGAAAUUUAAAUACGAUAUU